AUGUUCCGCAGAAGGCGCGCAUGUGAUGUCAUGCCCAUUGUUUUGGUGCGCCCAGCCAAUCGGACUCGCCGCCUGGAUUCUACCGGAGCCGGCAUGGGCCCUUCCUCGCACCAGCGGCAGGAGUCCCCGCUCCCGACCAUAACGCAUUGCGCAGGGUGCACCACCGCCUGGUCUCCCUGCAGCUUUAACAGCCCUGACAUGGAAACCCCAUUGCAGUUCCAGCGCGGCUUCUUCCCGGAGCAGCCGCCACCGCCGCCGCGCUCCGCGCACCUGCACUGCCAGCAGCCGCCACCGAGCCAGGACAAGCCGUGCGCGCCCUACGCGCCGCUCCCGCACCACCACCCGCACCUGGCGCACCCGCCGCCCGGCAGCGGCGGCAGCAGUCCGUGCCUCCGGCGCAACAGCUGCGCCUCCUCCUCGGGGCCCGCGGCGGGCGCGGGGGCGGGGGAUAACCUGUCCCUGCUGCUCCGCGGCUCCUCGCCCGGCGGCGCCCUGCGGACCCGCACCUCCUCGCCGCUGUCGGGCUCUUCGUGCUGCUGCUGCUGCUCGUCGCGUCGGGGCAGCCAGCUCAACGUGAGCGAGCUGACGCCGUCCAGCCAUGCCAGUGCGCGCCGGCAGCAGCCCGCGCCGCAGCCCGCGCCCGCCGCGCAGUCCCCCCAGUGCCUCCGCCUGCAGCCCGCCGCCAGCCCCACGGGCAGCCUGGGCAGCCUGGGCUCGGGGCCGCCGCUGCUCGCGCACCACCACCACCACCACCACCACCCCCCGCAGCACGCGCACCCCCCGCCCCAGGCGCGCCGCGAGAGCAACCCCUUCACCGAAAUAGCCAUGAGCAGCUGCAGGUACAACGGGGGCGUCAUGCGGCCGCUCAGCAACUUGAGCGCGUCCCGCCGGAACCUGCAUGAGAUGGACUCGGAGGCGCAGCCGCUGCAGCCCCCGGCGCCCGGCGGCGGUGCGUCCUCCCCGUCUGCCGCGGCCGCCGCCUCAUCGCCGGCACCCGAGAUCGUGGUCUCCAAGCCGGAGCACAACAACUCCAACAACCUGGCGCUCUACGGGGCAGGCGGUGGCGGCAGCACGCAUGGCAGCAGCGGCGGCGCCAAGCCCAGCAAGAAAAAGAACCAGAACAUCGGCUACAAGCUGGGCCACCGGCGCGCCCUGUUCGAGAAGCGCAAACGGCUCAGCGACUACGCGCUCAUCUUCGGCAUGUUCGGCAUCGUGGUCAUGGUCAUCGAGACCGAGCUGUCGUGGGGCGCCUACGACAAGGCGUCGCUGUACUCCUUAGCUCUGAAAUGCCUUAUCAGCCUCUCCACUGUCAUCCUGCUCGGUCUGAUCAUCGUGUACCACGCCAGGGAAAUACAGUUGUUCAUGGUGGACAACGGAGCAGAUGACUGGAGAAUAGCCAUGACUUACGAACGUAUUUUCUUCAUCUGCUUGGAAAUCCUGGUGUGUGCUAUCCACCCCAUUCCUGGGAACUACACGUUCACGUGGACGGCCCGGCUGGCCUUCUCCUACGCACCCUCCACCACCACGGCCGACGUGGACAUCAUCCUGUCCAUCCCGAUGUUCUUAAGACUCUACCUGAUCGCCCGGGUCAUGCUGCUGCACAGCAAGCUGUUCACCGACGCCUCCUCGCGGAGCAUCGGGGCGCUCAACAAGAUCAACUUCAACACUCGCUUUGUUAUGAAGACGUUGAUGACCAUAUGCCCGGGGACCGUGCUCCUGGUCUUCAGUAUCUCACUGUGGAUAAUCGCGGCGUGGACAGUCCGUGCUUGUGAGAGGUACCACGACCAGCAGGAUGUCACGAGCAAUUUCCUGGGAGCCAUGUGGCUCAUCUCCAUCACGUUCUUGUCCAUUGGCUAUGGUGACAUGGUGCCCAACACAUACUGCGGGAAGGGCGUGUGUCUGCUCACUGGAAUCAUGGGUGCUGGCUGCACAGCCCUGGUGGUGGCCGUGGUGGCCCGGAAGCUGGAACUCACCAAAGCUGAGAAGCAUGUGCACAACUUCAUGAUGGACACGCAGUUGACCAAGCGGGUGAAGAAUGCGGCCGCCAACGUACUCAGGGAAACGUGGCUCAUCUACAAAAACACCAAGCUAGUCAAGAAGAUCGACCACGCCAGAGUGCGAAAACACCAGCGCAAGUUCCUGCAGGCCAUUCACCAGUUAAGGAGUGUGAAAAUGGAGCAGAGGAAGCUGAACGACCAAGCCAACACCCUGGUGGACCUGGCAAAGACCCAGAACAUCAUGUACGACGUGCUGUCCGACCUGAACGAGCGGAGCGAGGACUUCGAGAAGCGCAUCGUGACGCUGGAGACCAAGCUGGAGACUCUGACCAGCAGCAUCCAGGCCCUGCCGGGGCUGCUCAGCCAGACCCUGCGGCAGCAGCAGCGGGACUUCCUGGAGGCGCAGCUCGACGCCCGCGACAAGCAGGCGCCCUACGAGGCGGCGCGGUCCCGGUCCUCCUCGCGGCGGCGGCGGUCCUCCUCCACGGCACCGCCCACCUCCUCCGAGAGCAGCUAGAAGAGAGUCGGUUACCCACAACUAAGACUUUUUGCCAUCAUAUGGUCAAUAUUUUAGCUUUUAUUGUAAAGCCCUACGGUUCUAAUCAGCGUUAUCCUGGUUCUAUGUCAGAAUCCGGGGAAGCUGAACACGAAGUUUUAGGCC